GCGGCGGCGGCGGGGCGAAUGGCCUCCGUCAGGUCUGCAGUUGGCCCUUUGCUCGCGGCGGCCAGUGCUCGUCCCGUGCCCUUCGGUCGCCCGCUCCCGCCGCCCGCGCCCCGCUCCGCCUGGGCCGCCGCCAUGGAGCCCGUGCCUCGCUGGCUGGCGGGUCUGCGCUUCGACAACCGCGCCCUGCGCGAGCUGCCGGUGGAGGCGCCACCCCCGGGGCCCGAGGGCGCGCCGUCGGCCCCGCGCCCGGUGCCCGGGGCCUGCUUCGCCCGCGCGCGGCCCGUCCCGCUGCAGCGGCCGCGCGUCGUGGCGCUGUCGGGGCCGGCCCUGGCGCUGCUGGGCCUGGACGCCGCCGCCCGCGAGGCCGAGGCCGAGGCCGCACUCUUCUUCAGCGGCAACGCGCUGCUGCCGGGCGCCGAGCCGGCCGCGCACUGCUACUGCGGGCACCAGUUCGGCCAGUUCGCCGGGCAGCUGGGCGACGGGGCCGCCAUGUACCUGGGCGAGGUGUGCACGGCGGCCGGCGGGCGCUGGGAGCUGCAGCUCAAGGGCGCCGGCCCCACGCCCUUCUCCAGACAGGCUGAUGGCCGUAAGGUCCUGAGGUCGAGCAUCCGAGAGUUCCUGUGCAGCGAAGCCAUGUUCCACCUGGGGAUCCCCACCACGCGGGCCGGGGCCUGUGUCACGUCUGAGUCCACGGUGGUGCGCGAUGUGUUCUAUGAUGGUAAUCCGAGAUAUGAAAAGUGCGCGGUUGUGUUGCGCAUAGCCCCCACCUUUAUAAGGUUUGGCUCCUUUGAGAUUUUUAAGUCCACUGACGAGCACACGGGGCGUGCAGGCCCCAGUGUGGGACGAAACGAUAUCCGGAUCCAAAUGCUCAACUAUGUGAUCAGCUCUUUCUUCCCUGAGAUCCACACGGCCCAUGCCUGUGAGAGCAGCCCUGUGCAGAGGAACGCUGCCUUCCUCCGGGAGGUGACAAGACGAACAGCCCAGAUGGUGGCCGAGUGGCAGUGUGUUGGUUUCUGCCACGGCGUGCUCAACACUGACAACAUGAGCAUUGUGGGGCUCACCAUUGACUACGGGCCCUUCGGCUUUCUGGACAGGUAUGACCCCGACCACGUGUGCAAUGCCUCUGACAAUGCUGGGCGGUAUGCAUACUGCAAACAGCCUGAGGUGUGUAAGUGGAACCUGCACAAGUUGGCAGAAGCACUGGAGCCUGAGCUGCCCCUGGCCCUGGGUGAGGCCAUCAUUGCUGAGGAGUUUGAUGCUGAGUUCCAGAAGCACUACCUGCACAAGAUGCGCAGGAAGCUGGGCCUCGUGCGAAUGGAGCAAGAUGAAGACCGAGCACUAGUGGCCCGGCUCCUGGAGACCAUGCGCCUGACCGGUGCUGAUUUCACAAACACCUUCUCUGUGCUGAGCACAUUCCCAGUGGAGACCGAGGCGGGUCUGUCAGACUUCUUGGCCGUGCUGACCUCACAGUGUGCCUCCCUGGAGGAGCUGAAGCUUGCCUACCGGCCCCAGAUGGACCCCAGACAACUCUCCAUGAUGCUGAUGCUGGCACAAUCGAACCCACAGCUCUUUGCACUCAUUGGCACCCAGGCAAAUGUCACAAAGGAGCUGGAACGCAUGGAGCAACAGUCUCGGCUAGAGCAGCUGAGCCCUGCUGAGCUGCAGAACAGAAACGAAGAGCACUGGACUGCCUGGCUGCAGGAGUACAGAGCCCGGCUGGACAAGGACAAGGAGUGUGCUGGUGACACUGCAGCCUGGCAAGCCGAGCGUGUGCAGGUUAUGCACAUGAACAACCCCAAAUACGUCCUGAGGAACUACAUCGCCCAAAAGGCCAUUGAGGCUGCUGAAAAUGGAGACUUCUCGGAGGUGCGGCGCGUGCUGAAGCUGCUGGAAACUCCCUACCACAGAGACGGGGAGGCCGCCGCCGGACUGGAGGCUACCAGCCCUGAGGGGGCGUCUGGGGGGCAGUGCUCCUACAGCAGCAGGCCCCCGCUCUGGGCAGCGGAGCUGUGUGUGACAUGAUCCUCAUAGUGGCCUCGGGUGACGCAGUCCUUCACAGCCUUGAGUCUCCCGAGGCCUUCAGGUGCUGCUGAGUUGCUGAGACCGCCCAGGCUGCCCCUGGCGCUCUCUAUGGCGGCAGAGAUCUCCAGUCAGGACCUGACCCUUCUCUGUCUGACAGCAGCUCAGCAGCACCACCCUGACCCAAGCUGCUUUGUGUGAGGACAGGGCUCAGCCUCACACUUAAGGAUGAGGUAGAGGGCCGGGCCCUGCACAGACCCGACAGCCUGUCUAUCCAGGCCUAGGCCCUGCUGAGUGCAACUCCCAAGCUCCUAAAUAAAGCAGCAGCUUCUCAGGC